AUGUUGUUUGAUCACAGAUCACGAGUUGGAGGCGAUCCUCUCUCGCCAAAAUCGAAGCCAAGCAAGGUUCCGCAACGAGGAUCACGAUGGGGUAUCGAGGAAGAGAGCAACGAGUGGUAUAAAACCCAGGAGCAGAAGCGCUCGGUGUUUGGGAGAACUUUGAAUGUAAUCGUUUUCUGCCAGUGUGCUGCUGUGUGCGAAAAUAACAAAGGUUCACAGCCAUUGAACGGGUCCCUGGAAAGGAAGGACGAGACCGCGCAAACAAUGAAUCUUCUUGAGGAUCCGAUCUUCUAUCUCAUUCUUAUCGUUGCUGCUCCUGUCGCCAUCCUCUUCGGGUCAGCCGCCACCUGUGUAGUGCCUGCGCUGUCACUUGCUUUCGGCUUUCAGUGCUCGUGGUGA